UAAAGUUUUGUUUAAGUAUAAUAGUGGCACAUUAAGUCCGCAUACCUUUACAACGUGGAACUAUAUCAAAAGUUAGUUGGAAGUUUUAAUUAUUUUAUUGGUUACUCCCUGGUUUCGUCUAACUUAUAGAGGUUUCCUGAACUACCAUUUCCUUCAUGGGGCGUUCACGGUCUAGAAGUAAAUCUCCUAGAAGGCGACAUCAUAAAAAUAAACAUUCUCACAAGAGGUCAAAAUCUCGUGAACGAAGUUCACACAAGCAUGGUGAUAAAACUAGAGAAAGAAGCUCAAAAACUAGGAAAAGAUCCCACUCCUCAUCUAGUAGUAGUUCAGAUGCUUCCAUCGACACAACAAAGCUGCACAAGAAAAAAUACCACGAUAGAAAAAUGGACGAAGUGGAACGUUUGGCAGAAAUGGAAAGGCAAAGGAGGCAACGAGAGAUCGAACAGAAACUGGUAGAGGAAGAGACAGCUCGAAGAAUAGAAGUCAUGGUUCAAAAAAGAGUGGAAGAAGAACUCGAAAAGAGGAAAGAGGAAAUAGAAGCAGAUGUGUUACGAAGAGUCGAGGAGGCGAAAAAGAUUAUGGAGAAGGAAAUGAUGGAAGAAAUGGAAAAGAGAAGACAGAUUUUAUUGGAAGAAGAAAAGAAAAGAGAGGAGGAAGAAAGAAAAAAGAGGGAGGAGCUGGAACAGAUUUUGGCUGAAAACAACCGAAAAAUGGAAGAAGCUCAGAGAAAACUGGCUGAAGAAAGAUUGGCUAUGGUUGAAGAACAUAGAAAAAUGGAAGAAGAGCGUCAAAGGUUAAAGAAAGAGCAUGAAAAGAGGAUAAAGGAAGAACAGAAGAAAAUAUUAGGAAAAAACAAUUCAAGACCGAAAUUAUCAUUCUCACUGAAACCGACAACAUAAGAAAUCGUCUAGUGAGAUUGUAGUUAGUUUGCAUGUGUAAAUAUAAAAUAGGUUUAAGUUGAAUGUAAGUUAUUUUUACUGACUAGAGAUUGUAAUUUGCUCACAAUCACUGUUGUUAAUUGAAAACUUGUGUUCAGUUACAUAUUUUGAUUAAGCAUUAUCUCGAUUAUGUGUUAUGUUUUAAUAAUACAUAUAAAUUAUGUAGCUUAUCAUUUUUUACUUUUCACAAAUCACAAUAACUCACAAAAAUUAUAAUUCUUUAAGACUUUUAAAAAACAUUUAAUUAUACUUAAAGUAGGUAACUAUUAUAAUUAAAAUUGAAGCAAAACAUUUUGUUUAGUGGCAUCGACUGUCUAUAGGCCUACUGUUAAAGUUAACCAACAUCAGUUUUAUAGAAAAAUUUUAUUAAACAAAAAAUUGUUAUGUAUAUUUUUCAUCUAACAACAAAAUAUGUUAGUAAAUAUAUUGUCGAAGAAAAGGUUUUAAUUGUAACAUUAUUUUUAAUGAAUUAAUUAACAUUAAUUUUAACAUAAUUUUAACUGAAGAAGCUGACAACUUUUUUAUUUUAUUUUUUUCAUUAAAUUAUUCAUAUAAUAUUUAAUAAAGGUUAAUAUUAUAACUGGCAUCCAUCAAACCAUUUUAUAAGAGGUAUUUAAACUUAAAAGAUAAGACACCUUUGACGUUUUAAAAGAAACAUUCUAUUCUAUUUCCUGAUUUACUUCCUACCUGACAACUUGUUAAUUUGAAUGUAAAGUAAGUAGAUCCUUCUCGAGGUACUGAUCGGUCCAUAAACUUAAGGUUACAAAACUGUCAUUGUAUCCUUACUCCAAAACAGGUAAAAGUCAACUUAUGUAAUUCUUUAACUAUUGUUAAUAUAAAACAUUCUUUUCAGUGCCUAGCCAGACUUCAAGACUGUUCUAAACCAAUCUUUUUCUGAAAUAUAUCCCGUCGUAACAACAAAAAAAAAAUUUAAAAAACUAAGCUUUUAAAAAGGGGUCUCUCUGUUGUAAAACUUGGGUUUGCCUUAAUGAAAGGAAUGAAAUAAUACAUAUAAAAAACGAAAUUUUGAAGGGAGCAGUCAAAAUAUAAUUUAAAUAUCUAAAAUCUAAGUAAAAAAAUAAACAGUAUAAAUAACCCUUGGUAAAAAAAAACAACAAUUCUUAUUGAAGCUGCUCUUGACGAUUUUGAAAUGGUAUAGCCUAUAGCAGUCAACUCUUUCAGGUCCCAAAAUUCAUUUGUUGAGUUAAAGAUAUUUCUGCCAUGCCACAAAACGUUUUAUAUCAGUAAAUAAAUUUACUGACGACCUUCUUCUACAAAGCAAAUAUUUGAUUACAAGCCAACUCACAUUUUUAUCCGGUCUAGCUCAAAAAUUCAGUUUAUGUGUUGAGAGUCCCUUCUCACAUUAACCACAAAAGUCUUUACUGAGCAAAUUAAUUUUUUUAAUGUUAACCUAUAGCAGUACAGUGUGCUUGGUUGGGAUCCUGACUCCAUUUUAAAAGUUCAAAUCAAAUCAUUUAUUUCAUUUGAAUAAAUAAACAGUGCCUCAGUUAAGAGGAGAAGCAUCUUUCUGCUCUUCUUUGGGUUUUGGGAUGCAGUGUUAUGUGGCAUGGGAAGUUAGAGGGAAAAAAUUCAUAUUGUCUGAGUAGCCAAGACAUAGCCAUACAUUUUGUAAGACUUAUAACAUGUAAUUAAGUCAAAAUGAACAUAUGUGGUGGUAUAAGUUCAAUCAAUCAAUAAUAAAUUUUACUUUAACCAUCUUUAAGGUAAUAAAAGAUAAUGGAGGUGUAACUUCAUUGUGUCAAAAUAGUGAUAAUUUUUAGAGUGUUGUCUAUUAGACCGUUACCUCACAUACGCUGCUAGUGAGUAAAUAUUUUUUUAACUAUAAUUUUCAUGUUAAACUUGAUUUUCUUUAUAAACUAAAAUCCUUUGAGACCCCAGAUUUUAUUAUAGCAGUAAAUAAUUUACCGUACUGAUGUAUGGCCACUUCAUUUUUAUUGUUUCAAUGCCGUGAUUUUAUAUAAAAGCAUAUAUAAAGAAAUUAUUCUUUUUGUUACUGCCAAGCAAAUUGUUUUGUAAAAAUUAAAAAUUGGUAUCCAUAUAAUUAAUACUCUACAUGAAACUUUGUCGGUUGAACUCCUCCACCAUUUCUUAACCGAUUUUAUCCAUUGACCUCUCAUUGAAAAGAGCGUGUCGCUUAGAUUUGCAAACUGACCUUACAUUUUUGAAAAAGUUCCUUGGGCUCUGCCCCAGUGGCUGUUAAAGUUCCCAUGUUAUCCUUAUGAAGAACAUAAUUGUUUACAUUUUGAUCAGCUGUAGUCUCUUGGAUUGCAAACUAAAGAUCACCUGAUUGUAACUGUCAAAUUAGUUUGUAUUUUUUUUUAUUUGAUUGUUAUUGUUUUUAUAAGAACACACAUUACAAAAUAAAAACCAAAUCAAAACAAAUACAUGUACUAAUUUGACAGUUAUAAUCAGGUGAUCUUUUGUUUGCAAUCCAAGUGACGUCAGAAUAUGAUGGGAAUAGCACACCUAUGUUUUUUCCUUCCACCAUGAAUACAAAGUCUUUUAAACUCAUCGGAAAUUAUGAUGACUUUUAUUUGUUUUAAAAUAAUAAUAACUACUUUACUUCUUUGCAAUUGCUCGAUUUCGAGCAACGUGUUUACUAGUUACUAUUAAUGUGAAACAUUAUGUUGUUCUCAAUAAGUAUUAGUCUGCACAUUAUUAUUUGUGUGCCUUUUAUUUUUAAAGUUUUUUUUAAGAAAGCAAGUAUGUGUGGAGUACUUUAUGAAUUGGUAGUCGUUAUCAACUGAAGUAUCUGAUUCUUCCAUGCACAUUAUUUUUCUACAUUUUGGUUUUUUUGCCUUCUUUAAUGUGAUUUGAUCUGUUAGUAGAACUAUUGGUUUAUUUUCUCUCUUGGGAUAAUUUUUUUAAAGAAGGGGGGUUCUAAAAUCAUAGUGUGUUUCUAUGAAUUGAGACGGUUACAAAAUCCUCUAUCAUUACCAUAACUAAAAACGAAACCAAUUUUAAUAGGCUUAUUAAUGUAACAGGGUUUAGUUAAAUGUUUCUUUAUCAAUAGUUUAAGGUAAGUUACCCAAAUAGGCACAUCCUAAGUGAAAUGUUUCUUUAAAACUAAUAAAAUACUUCAGGCUUCA